UGUAGCCGGUGUAAAAAACGCCACGUUGAGGGAGUGCGUGCGUUAUUUGGCACAGCGCGCGACCUCUGUGCCAACGUCAGGAGGCACACAUGGUGCGCGCUGAGGCAGGAGCUGUAGGAGGGGAGACGCAUCGCAUCACCGAGGAGGGUGGCGCGGUGGCAUCGCCUGCAGGAAUCCAGUUGUAAAGUCCACACACGAGGCUAAAAUGCGCUGAAGGGAAACUGCCUGGAGGUCCGCUGUUAACAGAGAUCAACCCUAACGGAACCGAGACACCGGGAGAAGAAAACAUAAACAAAGAAACGCUCCGGACAAGUUGUGAUUUCAGAGGAAAUCCGACUGGAGAUGAAUACCAACGAUGCCAAGGAGUAUCUCGCGCGGCGGGAGAUACCUCAACUAUUUGAGAGCCUGCUGACAGGUCUGAUGUACUACCGACCCGAAGACCCCAUCGACUACUUGGAGGGCUGUCUGAAGAAAGCGAAGGAGCUCGGAGGACCAGAAAAAGUGCGGUGGGAUACCUUCGUGGGCCAGGAGAAGAAGUCCCUUCCCCCUCUUAAUGGCGGCCAAUCGCGCAGGUCCCUCUUCAGAAAUGUUUUGCCCGACAGUCCCAAUUUCCCCUACAGAAGGUAUGACCGCCUCCCUCCCAUCAGCCAGUUUUCCAUCGAGAGCGACUCGGACCUGUCGGAGACGGCGGAGCUCAUAGAGGAGUACGAGGUGUUCGAUCCAUCCAGACCGCGACCCAAAGUCAUCCUCGUCAUCGGUGGUCCUGGCAGUGGCAAAGGAACACAGAGUCUGAAGAUCGCCGAGCGCUACGGCUUCCAGUACGUGUCUGUGGGCGAGCUGCUGAGGAAGAAGAUGAUCCACAACGCCACCAGCAACAGAAAGUGGAGUCUGAUCGCUAAAAUCAUCACCAACGGAGAGCUGGCACCACAGGUACAGCAGGUCAAAUAG